AUGUGCAUCUUACUCUGGACACUGCCCUCAAGCAACCACCCCCGGUUCAAGUUUGCACUGGCAAGCAACAGGGACGAGGCCCUAGGACGAGAGACCUCCCGCGCAGAUUUUUGGGACCUCGACCCCGUCCUUUCCAAAGCCAUCCGCCAAUCUUCCUCCUCUUCUUCCGAUGACAACCUCCCAACCCCAGCCACAGCUCCAGUCCCGGCACCAACUCCACGGCGUCCAAGUCCAGUGGGAGUCCUGACAGGCCAAGACCUCCAACCCUCCCAAGCAACCAACUACACCAUCCAAGAACUCUUCUCCUUCUCUUCCUCCUCCCCCUCCUCACAAGAACAAGAACAGGAGCAGGUGGCGCUGACACUGGACACAAAGGAUAUUCCGGGGACAUGGCUCGGGAUGACGACCCAUGGCGAUUUUGUAGCAUUGACGAAUUUCCGGGAGAGUGAUGCAUACAUGGCCAUAGAGCGGGAUCCCAAGUUGUCGAGGGGUAAAGUCUGUGGCGAGUUUUUGGUCACUAUGGCUGCUGCGCAUCAUAAGGAGGAGGAAGGUGGCGAUGAGGAAGUUGUCGACUCGGCGCAGGGUAGUGACACUGGAUCCGUAUCAACAUUGGCGGACGAAAUUGUGAAUGGCUCUGACAAGAGUAGGAACGGGAAGACUGGAUGCAGGGUGAGGAAAGAUCAGGCGGAAAAGUGGAUCAGGAGACGUGCAGUCGGAUGGGAGGACGAGUUUGAAGGGUUGAAUUUGUUGGUGGUUCAGAAUGCAGGUGACCAGCAGUGUGUCGGAGGCAACCGUCUGGGAUCUGAACUCAGCGUCUUUGACAAAUCUGACACCACGACCACAGAUGUUGGAAAUGGAACUGGAACUGCAGGGAUCUUGGAGGGCAGUGUGGUGGGUGUGAGCAACUCGGUGUUUACACAACCUUGGACCAAGGUCAAGAUGGGCGUCAAGGCGUUGGAGACUGUCUUGAACCAGAGUAUCGACCUCUUUGGCACUGGAGCCCACGCCUCAUUCAGCAGUAACAAUAACUCGGGAUCAGAACAAUCAACUAUGGACGACGAUACAAAGGAGAUAGCGUGGCUGGUGAUCCAAAUGUUGACAUUCCUCCGGACCAACACCCAACCUUUCCCAGAGGAAGACAGCACAAGCCUCACAAGACUGGUCGACGGUCUUCGCGAACGAGUCUUUAUUCCGCGCAUCGGAUUGGGUGGACCCGCCACGGAAUACGGGACACGGUCAAGUACCAUCGCACUCUUUGGGCGAGAGAGAGACGGAGAAGCGAGCGUGGCGGUGUUUGUGGAGAAGGUCUGGUAUAGCAACCUGGAUGCCUUAACAGGAGAGAGAACUGAGUAUGCACCAGAUAGCUCGGAGGGUCUGGUCUGGUGGCAAGGACGAGUCGGUCAGCCUCGUCAACAGUGGAGGCAUAUUGUUGGAGACGAGUUGGAGCAUUUGCUGAACCAUGCGCGUGACAUCCCCCGUCUUUAG